AUUUCAAGUGUUCAACUCAAUUUUAUCAUUUUCAUUCAACUUUUUUUCUCACUCAGUUGUCUCUCCUAAUUUACCUUAAAUUGUUACUCACAAAGAGAGUGUUUCUUCGCUUAUUAUUAUUGUUAUUAAAACUGAGCUGAUUCACAAUUUGAGAAUCACAAUUUUCAAUUCUGUUAUCAACAACAUUUUCACUUGUUCAACAUCAACAAUAACCAUUGAAUCUCAACCUUUUCAAACAAAUUUUACAUCAAUCAACGAUUUUGGAUAAAUAUUUAUGUGAAUAAACAUUUGAAUGUAAAAUAAUCAUGUUUAUCGGUCAAGCAAAUAUCCUUAUAACUCUGUUCAUCGCUUCAUCCAUUGGAUUCUCAGAGGCUGGUAAAUCUCCAUACCAUUUGUGCAAAGAACGGAGUUCCCUGUCGAGAGACAUUAAAAUUGACAUCAGUGACUGUGAAUACAAGGAACGAUGUCCUUUAUUUAGAGGCCAAAACACAACCAUGUCCAUUACCUUCACUCCAUAUUUUGAUACAAGUCGUGGAAUCGAAAGGAUUUUAACCGGAAAAUUUUCAUCCAUCAAGGGAAAGAAAAUUGUUGAACUUCCAAUGGUUAAACCAAUCGAUGCGAGCAAAGAGACGUUCAGAGUAUUUGAUAAUGUACCUGUAUCAAUGGUUCCCAUAAAGCGUAACUUGGCCUACACAACUCAAUUUACUUAUGCAGUUCCAGUUGCGGCAGCAAAGGGUCCUUUUGAUCUUCGCUUGGUGAUACGGGAAAAGGUAAAUGGCACUAAAUCGUGGAGAAACAAUAACGGAGCUGUUUAUGUUUGUGCCAUGAUUCCGUUACAGUAUGUUUAAGAUUGAAACAGCAAACCAUGGUAAAGAGUAUAAAGAGGAAUUGCGAGAAUGAGAACUGAUCACCAACAGUCAAUACCAUUAAUCACUUAUCACACCAAUUAAUUAUCAACAAUACCCGACCUUUGCCCAGCUGAAAGAGGGUCCUUGACAUUUAAAUCAUCAUCAACAUCAUUUUUUCUCAUCUUCUUCAUGGUUAACUUUGUCCAUAUUUUGAUGAAAAAAACAAACAACCAAUUGAGUUUACCCUUUCAAGUAGCUGAUUGCUGUUUAACCAUUGAAGAGUGAACCUGUUGAAAUUGAAAUCGUGAGGUGAAAAAGUGAUCUACUUAAGUAACAUUAGAUUGUUCAAACAACGAAAGUUGCGACCAAAGACACAGAAAAGCCAACAAAAUGGUCAACCAUUGAAACAAUAACCAAAUCUAAAGGAAACUGGAAACUGCAUUGUAAUUCAAUUGUUUCAAUCAUCCAUCAUCAAUUGAAUGAUUUAAUGAAUUUACCCAAUUUUAGAGUAAAAAUUUUCUCUCCUCAUGAUAACAAUUUAGACUAGAUGAUUGGCCUUAGUUGAAAAUCUGAGUGUAAAUGGAAUGACCCUCGACACUUGGAAAGGUUGGAAAAUGAUUAACCUAAAAGCAUCUAAAUGGAUAAGGGCCCAGCCGAGUUGCAAUUAAAUCAAAAUUAGCCAUUCAUAAUUUAAUGAAACAAUACCAAGUAAUUGGAAUCAACAAAUAUGAUUCCGUUAAAUGUUAACAUAAUAUACUUUUUCAAUAUUUUAGUUUCUUAGAGUCUACGGUUCAGACUGGUCAAUUGUUAUAACAAGGGAAACAAAAACCUUUGUGAGUUUAUGCACUCAGUCUGGACACUGAUUAACAAUGUAAUCAAAAACCACUGAAAACAUCAUAUAACAGUAUUAAAAUAUUUUUGUGUCUCUGUAAUCAAAUAAAAAUAAGAGUUAAUUUUUGUUAAA